AUGGCAACGGGAUAUUCACUCACUACGCAUUAUGCCGGCCAGGGGCUGCUUGAUAGCUUCAGUUUCUUUACCGGGAACGAUCCCAGUCAUGGCUUUGUUGAUUAUCAAAGCAAAGAGGAAGCUUUAGCUAAGAACCUGGUUUCCGUUGAGAGCGAUUACAAUAGCGUGAGACUCGGUGUUGACUCAAACAAUACAUAUUCGAGCAGCGAUAAGGGGCGCCCAAGCGUACGGCUAACGAGCGAUGAUGCCUUUACCCACGGCCUUUUUAUUGCGGAUAUCUAUCAUAUGCCGGCGUCGACAUGCGGCACUUGGCCUUCCUUUUGGGCUUUCAAUAACCAAGAAAACGGAGCGGAAUGGCCUUCGGGAGGUGAACUAGAUAUUAUAGAUGGCGCCAACACCGCUCAACGAAACUUAUACUCUGCUCAUACAACUACAGGAUGCAAAUCUCCCAGUGCUGGUUUCACUGGAAAGCAAGGUCGAGCAAACUGCUCACCAACACUUGAUAACACCGGCUGCGAUACCGUAUCCCCUCCAUCCGAUACUACUUCAUAUGGCGAUGCCUUUAACGCCGAAGGCGGCGGCGUGUACGCUCUAGAGUGGGAUUCUGAAGACCUGAAAUUAUGGCAUUUCCCACGCUCUACGAUUCCCGAUAACAUCGUAUACGCUCACGUCCUAGGACCAGACCCCUCGACCUGGGGACCACCACAGGCCGUUUUCGGCGGCUCUUCUUGUAGUCCUGAUGAAUACUUCUUCAACAUGAGUCUCGUGUUAAAUAUAAACUUCUGUGGCGAUUAUGCAGGCAAAAUCUGGGGUAAAACCGACCAAUGCAAUCGUCUCGCCCCUACGUGUGAGGAAUUCGUUGCCGGGAAUCCUGAUAGUUUCCAAAACGCUUACUGGGAUAUCAAUUUCAUCGACGUAUAUCAAAUGGGACCGUUGUCAGACUUAACGAUACCGCCCCUUUCCAUAAACGCUACAUCCACCAGUAUUUCAUCAGCACCUAGCGAAAUAGAGACAACAACCAGCGUAGUUCCAACCCAUACCCGCACCAUCACGUUAUCCACGGUAAAGCCUACCGAGACCGGCGGGGUCUCGACACAUCCAAGGGAUAUUAACGGCCACACUCUUCUCGGGUGUUUCCAACCCCACGCGACCUACGAGUCGUUUUCUCAGGUUAGAUCGUCGGCAGAUAUGGACAGCAAAGCCUGCGUGUCUGCUUGUGCCGGACACAAGUAUGCCGGUGUGCAGGGCGACACAUGUUACUGCGCCGAUACACUCGAAGAAGCAAGCGGAGUCGAGAAUGAGCAAUGCAAUACGCCGUGUCCUGGAAACGGACAUGAAGUCUGCGGCGGCCUCGUCAACCCUGCUUCUACACAAGGUCCACCUAGCCACUCUCUCCCGACGAAUUCCUCUGCAUCAGCACCUCAACCUCACCACCAUACCUCCUUGGACAACAUCCUACUAACCGUCUACGGAAACCUAUCCAACGAACCAGCGCCUCCAGCCGCACCCGCAAUGGGCGGCCGCUACGACGACCACGACCACGACUACCACCCGUCAGUAAAGCCAGCGCAUAACGCGCCGGUAACAACAGACGUAACCAUAACAUACACAACCGUAUGUGCCUCGAACCCAGCAAAACUAGUAGAAGUAGAAUACCACACAACAGUAACAUACGCCCAAUGCACCUGCACCAGCACCAAAUCCCAACCCGAACCAGCCUACCCGACGACAACAAACGUCCCUCCCCCUCCCCCAGCAGCAGCCCUCGCCGCCAUACCCAUGAAGAUGUACAAGGCAACAUGCCACGCGUGCGGUCCGCACGGCGAGAGCACCGUGACGCUCACCGUGCCGAACGCCGUGUAUACCUCCUCCCAGGCCGUCGUUACCGCUACGGCCGUGCAGACCGUCAUUCCCCUCGUCAGCAACGGGACUGGGACUGGUCUCGCGAACGGGACGGCCGCGGCCGUGGCGAUGGCUACUUUGACUCCCCCGCCUCCACCGAGUCCUCGACCUACUAGCAAUAACGUAAAACCCCUCGUGGCUGCUGCGGCUCCUCGCAGCGAGACUUUGAGCGCCGCGCAAAUUGUUGGCUGGGGCGUGGCGGCGUGGUUUGGUCUGUUUGGGAUUAUGCUUGUCUUAUGA